CUUGUUUGUACACGGAAGCAAGAACAGGACCUCCAACCUGUCGACCUGCAUUUGUCAACGCGGAUUGUGGCGUAGGAGAGACAGCUUAAAAGAGAUUUGGUUUGUCUUUUUAAUUGCUGUGCGGACACAAUGAGGACGGCUUUCCUGGUGCUCACGAUAUUUCUGUGUGUCUGCUCGGUCAGAGGGCCUCCAUCACCACAACCUCUGGGGCCCAACCUGACCACAACCAAUAACAAGCAAAGCGCUGCAGACCGGCAAGGUAGCGAUGACAAUUCACCAGCAGGAUCCACCAAAGUUGGGGAGAGCCAAGAUGAAGGUGGUGCUAAUGGAGCGGACAGCAAGCCUAAAGAAGAGAAAACUGCUAUAACACCUACAAAAAAUCCAUCAGAUGACAAAAUACAAGAUAAGACCAACCCACCAGCUGGUGUCAACAAGACAAAUCAGGAGAAACAUCAAGACAGUAACGCAGGAGACCAAAAUGUGCAAAAUAAGCAAGGGCAAGAAAACACACCAAGUAAGCAAAGUCAACAAAACGAAACGACAAGUGUGCUGGGAAAAUCCACUGACAUAAACAAGGGUCAGCAGCCCGCUGGCACACUGCCAAAAGUACAACCUAAGACCACCAUAGAGUCAGGAGGGAAAGACAAUAAGACAGAAGGAAACGGUACCGAGGUGGGCAAGUCAGAAGUAGAUAAAGCUGGGGGAAAACCACAUGUAGACCCCAGUGAAGAUGAAAACAAAGCAAAGGACAGCAACAACAAAACAGCAACAGGAGAGGCAGACAAUGAGAAAAAAGCACCAGGAGAGGCCAACGAUGAGAAAAAAGCACCAGGAGGGGACGACAAUGAGAAAAAAGCACCAGGAGAGGACGACAAUGAGAAAAAAGCACCAGGAGAGGCCAACGAUGAGAAAAAAGCACCAGGAGAGGACGACGAUGAUGAGCCAAUACUAGAAGAGACCGACGAUGAGAAUAGAACGGGAGAGGACAAUGAUGAGGAUGGUAAUGAGGAAAAUGCUAAAGGAGGGGACAUCAAGAAGAAUAAGCCAGGAGUAGAAGACACCAAAAAUAAAGGAGGAAAAAAACAGUAUAACCCAUUCGCUGUAAAGGAUGAGGCAGAGAGCAGCCAUUUCUUCGCCUACCUUGUCACCACAGCUGUGCUUGUAGCAGUGCUUUACAUCACUUACCACAACAAGCGCAAGAUUAUUGCCUUUCUUUUGGAAGGAAAGAAAUCCAGAUCCACUCGUCGACCCAAAUCCACAGACUACCAGAAGCUGGAACAGCAUAUGUAAUCUCAACUCAUCCUUUUGAAGCCAUUGCCUCGAGCAGCUGAAUACACUGGGGGUUGCGUGUUAGAUAUUUUCCUGGUGCACUCUGCAUUGAUUUCACCCUUCGUCAGACGGACAUUCUUCUAUUUUGUACCUUUAGAUGCUUAUCGUAUGACUAUGCAGAUGACACUGUUGCCUUAUCGAGGGAAUUAGUGAAAUGCAGUGAAGGAAAAAUAAGCAUGCUGUUUUUGCACUCGUGUCGUUAUUCCACUUUUAUGGCAAUCUUGUAAUUUGACCUGACCAAGGUCCUGACUCAGGAUAUUUAAGUAGCAAAUGAGAAAAAUAUUAGCUUGUUUGGAUUCCGGACUUGUUCCUACAGUGCGUUAGUGAUUGCACUGUGCACUGAAGAAGCCAUCUGAAUCUUUGUAAAAUACUGGCUUUGUACAAUUUCUUUGAGGUCGUUUGAAAUGUCUUUAAGAUAAAAUGUAUCAAGAGUUGAGAUGUACAGAGGUUUCACAGUGGGAUUUGUGCUCAUGUUCAUAAGCCUGUGGUGUUGGCCGGAUGAAUGUAGCAACAUUUAUUUUCCAAAGGAGAUGCUGGCACAGUGCUCACACAUAGUAACUGCUUAAAUGCUGAGGCUUUAACAUAGUAAGUCUGUGCUUAAGCAGUAGUUUUGGAAAAUGUGCUGUGUUGCUUUCUUGCUGAGUCAGAGGAGAAGAUCGAUACCACUCUUAAAUACAUCCUGUGAAUAUAACAUUACAGCCACAGCUAGCUGCCAGUAAGCUUAGCCUUGCCUAAGGAUUGGAAAUGAGGGGGAACAGGUAGCCUUAGCAAGACUGCAAAUAACCACACCCUUAAGAUACAACUUAAUAAUUGCAUGACAUUUUAAUGAUGUCAGGGUGUUGGCUGCACAUGUAAAUGCAUCUUAAUUAAAGCGAAUGUCAUGCAAAGAGAAUCUGCGAGGUGUGACUCAGAAAAAUGUUGCCAAUCUGGAAACCACCAGUCUGGUCACUGUAUGGCUCCCCAACACCUCUGUGACAUCCUCUUUUGGUUGAACUUCUCUCUCGCACCACUUGUUGCUCUGCUUUUAAACCACGGUCUGAAAUGUUAACAUGAAAACUGUUUUGCAAAAGGAAGUUGGCCAAGAGCUGCACUGCUUUGACUGUUCGGAGUGGACUGUCUGUGUCUGGGGAUAGGUUGACCACUAAUACAUCAGAUUAAAUCUUCCCUCUAGAGUAGAAAUGUGUGUUUAUGUUCAGAUGUGACAAGACUUGUGCCAAAUUGUGAACAGUCUUACUGUGAUUCAAUGUGUGAUUCUUGUAUUGUGCCUGUUUCCUAAAUUAAAACUAUAUUUGUACUA